AUGGUUGUCUCUAUAGAUUUGAUAAAUAUAGAUAAACUUCAAAAUAUAAAUAAUAAUCGCUUUAUUAAUGAAGAAAUAAGUUUAUUCCCAAUUGAAAGUCUGCCAGAUGAUAUAUUAUUUGAAAUCAUAUCUCAUUUACCACAAAAAGAUAGAUUAAAAUGUUUACAAGUUAAUCGAAGGUGGUAUCAUAUUUCAAUUAAAUUAUUAUAUAGAAGAAUAUAUUUGAAUGAUUCUAAUGUAGUUCGAAGUGAUUUCAUUCAUAUUGCAAUAAAUUGGACAUUAAUAUAUAUUCCAUCAUUCUUAAACGAAGAUGAAUCAAGAGAUAUCGCAAAUAUAAAAUUAAAUAAACUCAUAACAACACUAGAAAAUAAUUCAGAGAUCUUAAAUUCAAUUGAGUGGAUCAGAAUAAAUUGGGAUUUGGAUCCAAACUUGCAAAAACACAUUUUGAAAAUUCUAUGCUCAAAGGGGAAAUCUUUAAGACGAUUGGAAAAUGUUACUGACCCUAGCUGUAAUGAUAUCAUAGCUAAUGGUUACUAUUCGUCUAAAAAUCUAGUAAGUUUUGAUAUGGCACCACCAAAUUCUUUACCUGAAUUGACUAUUCCUGAUGACUAUAUUCCAAAUUUAAUAAAGUAUUUGAACCAAAGAAUAUCCACUAACCUAUCCUAUAUGACACUAUUCAUCGAUCCAUUCAAAUUAUUUAACUAUCUUUAUCCCUUGAAAGAAAAACUGACCAUAGUCGAUUUGAAAUUACACUGGAGACGUGAAUUUUAUUCUCCAAAAUAUUUUACCUCAAAUGAUACCAAUAAAACUUAUCCAAAAUUCAAUUCUUUAACAGAUAUAUUUGAUAUAAGGACUUUGAAAACAUUGACUAUAAUAUCAUGGAAUGAAUCAUUAAUGUCUCAUGAGAUUGAAAUGAUAAAAGAAUUUAAAAAAUUCAUCUAUUUGGAAGAUUUAUCGUUAAUUUCCAUCAAACAAGACAAAAAUGUUUUAAUGGACCUUUUCAAUAACUUACCAAAUCUGAAAAGACUGAAAAUGGAUUUCUUAGAGGAUUAUAUACCUGAGACAACUAAUCCCCAAAUUUUUUUAUCCAUUUUGAUAACUUGUAAAAAAUUACAAUUUAUUGAUAUCAGGUUCGAAGGUAUUGAUUCUCCAAUAAUUGAUAUCGACGGUAAUAGAUUUGUAAUCAAUCAGAAAUGUUAUUGCAAUAAAUGUAAUUAUACAUUCAGCGAAAUCCUAAAGAAGAAAAUUUUUGUUUUCCCAAUUGAUUAUUAUCUGACUGAGGUACAAGAUAUUGCUGCCAAAGACAUAUUUAAAAUGAUGAGAUAUUUAUCACUCUUACCUUAUUCAAAAGCAUGUGAUUCAUACCCAAGUGUCAGGACUCAACCAAUGAAUUUAGAUGAGUUUGUUAAGAAGAUGAAUAAUAAUCUAGCUACUUAUAGACAAAACAAAAAUCAAUUAUUAGAUUCUCCAAAAGGUGGCAAUCAUAAUAAUAGUGAAAACGAUAAUGAUAAUAGCAUACUGCUGAAUGGAAAUAUGGAUAAUGAUAGAAACAACGAUACCAAUAAUGUCCAAGUAAUAACGCUAGAUGCGUCCUCUAUACUUCCCGUAACAAAUAACGAAUCUCUUACGACUAAUAGGAAUACUGAUGCUGAACCAUUAGACGCAGUAUUGUCUUCUAGAAUAUUAGACCAACGACAAGAAAAUAAAAUUAAUAGAUUACCUCAUGAACCCUUGACUCAAAUGGAUGUCAUACAUCUAUAUCAUUCGAUGAUCCACCAUUUUAAACAAACAUACUUUACAUUUUUAAAGGGAUUCCCUGAAUUGCGAUUUUUAAUGUUAAAUGAUAUUCCAACAAUAGCUAUCGAAGAGGAUGGUGAAAGAAUCUUUCAUCCAAUUUUCUAUCAUUAUGAUUAUACCUCUAAUUUGGUUGGGUGGACUAAGAACUCAUAUUCAUUUAAAACGUUUAAAGGUGAUAUUGAUCCAAGUAAUACUGAUGAUACUGUUACAAGAAGAGCUACAUUCAUGUGA